AUGACGUCAUUGCUACAAGACCAGGCAUCAUCGCUCAGGUCAACAUUCCACCUUCAGUUGCAUCCGUCAUUUCGUCCACGGCCCCACUCUCAGGAUCGCCGUCGAAUGGCAGUGUCUGGAUACGUGAAUCCCAUGUGUUCAUUCUGGGAUGAGGAGCAGGAAGAUUGGUCCCAAGAUGGAUGUGUUCUUGUUUCUGGAAUCACAUCAUCCGAUGAUCGCUCUGAUGAGGAGAUCGUGCGCUGUGCGUGUGAUCAUCUUACCAACUUCGCUGUUAUAAUGGAUAUCCAUGGACAGGAGGGUUCAUUAAUCGAGGCAUAUAACAUCCUGACUUACAUUGGAUGCUGUAUUUCUAUCUUCAGUCUUCUUGUCACAUUGGCAACCUACCUGUGGAACAAGGAUUUGAGGACCAAACAGGCUAACAAGAUCUUCAUCUGUCUGUGCCUGACAUUGCUAUGUCUCUACACGACAUUUGUCAUCAUGAUCUCUCUCGAUUCUACCAGAGAUUAUCGUGAGGUCCAAGCUGCACCCUGUGGGUUGCUGACGGCCCUAGUUCACUUCUUCGUUUUGUCCUCUAUUGCAUGGAUGGGUGUGGAAGGGUACAAUACCUACCUUAUUAUCGUGAAGAUCUUUAACACCUACAUCCAGAAUUUCAUGAUCAAGGCUUCCUUAGCUGCAUGGGGAAUUCCUGCACUUAUCGUGGUUCUUACUGGAGCUAUUGCUAGAGACUCUUAUGCUCAUGAUGAUCUAUGCUUUCUACAAUUCUGGGCUCAAAUCGGUGGUCUCUUGAUUCCCAUGUCCAUCAUCCUCCUCAUCAACAUUGUCAUCUUUGUCCUGGUGGUUCGACAGUUGCUCCGGUCAGCCAACAUCGCUGGUCGGGUGAAAAGAGAGGCUAAGGUAGAACGUCGCAAGACUAUCGAACGCGUCCAGAACGCGAUCUGCAUCUUGCUUCUGCUCGGUCUGACCUGGGUUACCGGAUAUCUUCUUUUAAUCCCGUUAUUCAGUCAGGUGGCUCAGCCAAUCUUCGUCGUCCUGAACUCCUUCCAAGGAUUGUUCAUCUUUCUACUCUAUUGCGUCCGGAAGCCUUUCAUUCGUAAGAAAUGGGGGCUAACUUGUUUCGACAAGUUCCUAAAGAAAGAAGCAAGCACUUCCAGCGGUGUGGUAAGCUCGACGGGGAUAUCCUCGUCAUCUGGCGUGAUAAGCAAAUUGCGUCCAGGAGCCUCGGAUAAUUACUUGUUGCCUACCAAAGACGACAAACCCGACCCUAUGUGUAGGUUCAAUCCGACCUAUGAUGUUAGCCAGGUUGAGGAAGGAGUCACACCACCAAUGAGCAAAGAUAUCCAGAGUUCCACCGAGGAACAGAAGAAGGACACGGAUCGUGAUGCAACAAGCACCGAUGUCGUGACGGUCAGUCUCCCUCUUGAUGCAUCUGUCGCAAAUGUCACUGAGAGAGGUGAUGGUGUUCUCUCCACCACGGAUGCUGACACGGUCAGUGUUACUCUAGAUUCAACUAAUUCCAGCAAAGCUACUGACGGUAACGACUAUGGUACUUCUACCAACAAUGAUGCUGCCAUAUAA